AUGUCCAUCAGCCGCAUUGCUUGUGAAUCCCCAAAAUCUCCCUUAUGGAUUAGUUUGACGGCGAGGGUAGUGUCGUACAAGCUGGCCGUCUUCAUCUUCUCGGACGAUGCGGGUUUUCGGACGAUGCGGUUGUUCGGUCUGUUGCUCCUCGAACCGCCGAUGAUGCCCAGCUUUAUCGGAAAAUGUGAAGUGGCCAUGGCACUCUUCUCUUCUCUUCUGAUGAGCGAGCCACUACACCGAGACGAUAUGAGCUUAAAGCAACCUCCUUACCAUUACCUACUGCAAUAUCACAAGAAGCAGUUCGCGUCGCUCCUCAAGCCCCUCUUGUCCCGCCUCUCUACCGACGGAAGUAUCAACCCUGCCGAUCCAUGA